CGGGGGCCGGCGGAGCGGAGCUGCGGGGAGCGGUGCGGGGCCAUGCAGUCCCCGGCGGCUUCUCCCGGCCCCGCCGCCCCGGAGGGGGCCGAGCUGCUGCGGUGGCAGUGGCGGGAGGUGCAGGGGCCCUGCCUAGUGGCCGCCUGGAUCCUGGUGGCCAGCCUGGCCAAGAUCGUUUUCCACCUGUCCAGGAAGGUGACAUCCAUCGUCCCAGAGAGCUGCCUGCUGAUCCUGCUGGGGCUGGGCCUGGGGGGCAUCGUGUUGGCUGUGGCGAAGAAAGCCGAGUACCAGCUGGAGCCCAACAUGUUCUUCCUCUUCCUUCUGCCCCCCAUUGUCCUCGACUCGGGCUACUUCAUGCCCAGCCGCCUCUUCUUCGACAACAUCGGUGCCAUCCUCACCUACGCGGUGGUGGGAACCCUCUGGAAUUCCUUCACCACCGGAUUUGCCCUCUGGGGGCUGCACCGGGCCGGGCUCAUGGAUCCAGGUGUUGAAGCUGGGCUGAUGGAUUUCCUGCUCUUCGGCAGCCUCAUCUCAGCUGUGGACCCUGUGGCAGUGCUGGCUGUCUUCGAGGAGGUCCAUGUAAAUGAGACCCUCUUCAUCAUCGUGUUUGGAGAGUCCCUCCUGAAUGAUGCUGUCACAGUGGUCCUGUACAAGGUCUUCAACUCUUUCGUGGAGCUGGGCCCUGCAAACAUCCAUGCCACGGACUACUUGAAGGGGGUAGCCUCCUUCUUCCUGGUGAGCUUGGGGGGCACGGCCGUGGGGCUGCUCUUUGCCUUCCUGCUGGCCCUGAUCACACGGUUCACCAAGCGUGUGCGCAUCAUCGAGCCGCUCUUCGUCUUCCUCCUGGCCUACGUCGCGUACCUGGCGGCUGAAAUGGUCUCGCUCUCCUCCAUCCUGGCAGUCACCUUCUGCGGGAUCUGCUGCAAGAAGUACGUGGAAGCCAACAUCUCCCAGAAGUCCCGCACCACGGUCAAGUACACCAUGAAGACACUGGCCAGCAGCUCAGAGACCAUCAUCUUUAUGUUCCUGGGCAUCUCGGCUGUGGACACCUCCAAGUGGGCGUGGGACACAGCGCUGGUGAUGGGCACCCUGUUCUUUAUCCUGCUUUUCAGAGCUGUAGGCGUUGUCCUCCAGACCUGCGUGCUCAACCGCUUCCGCCUCAUCCCCCUGGACAGGAUUGACCAGGUGGUCAUGUCCUAUGGUGGCCUCCGUGGAGCUGUGGCCUUCGCCCUGGUCAUCCUGCUGGACAGGGCAAAGGUGAAAGCCAAGGACUACUUUGUGGCCACCACCAUCGUGGUGGUGUUCUUCACUGUCAUUGUGCAGGGCCUCACCAUCAAACCCCUGGUGACCUGGCUGAAGGUGAAGCGCAGUGACCACCACAAGCCCACGCUGAACGAGGAGCUGCACGAGCACGCCUUUGACCACAUUCUGGCAGCAGUGGAGGACAUCGUGGGGCACCAUGGCUACCAUUACUGGCGGGACAAGUGGGAGCAGUUUGACAAGAAGUACCUGAGUCAGCUCCUGAUGAGGAAAUCAGCCUACAGGCUGCGGGAUGAGAUCUGGGAUGUCUACUACAAGCUGAACAUCAGGGAUGCUAUCAGCUUUGUUGACCAGGGUGGCCACGUGCUCUCGGCUGCCAAGCUGGCACUGCCCUCCAUGCCCAGCCGCACCUCCGUGUCCGAGUCGUCGGUCACAAACCUCCUGAGGGAGAGCGGGAGCGGUGCCUGCCUGGACCUGCAGGUGAUCGACACGGUGCGGAGCCGCCGGGACAAGGAGGACGCAGCCAUGCACCACGUCCUGCGGGGCAGCCUCUACAAACCCCGACGGAGGUACAAGGCCAGCUACAGCCGUCACUUCAUCUCUCCAGAUAAACAAGAGCGCCAAGAUAAAGAAAUCUUCUGUCAGAACAUGAAGAGGAGGCUGGAGACCUUCAAGUCCACAAAGCACAAUGUCUGGUCCUCCAAGAGCAAGGCCAGGAUGAAGGAAAAGGGCAGGAAAAAGAAGAACACCUCUUUGACAAGUGAUGCACCCAAUGGGAAGACACACAGGAACAUCCCCUGGCAGGAGGCAGCUCCUGUUCUGGUGAUGGUCAGCUCAGAGGAGGAGGAGAGCGAUAGCUCAGAGACAGAAAGAGAGGAUGAUGAAGGGAUUGUGUUCAUCGCUCGAGCCACCAGUGAGGUCCUGCAGGGAAAGACAACUCAAGGCAGCCUGGAUGUCUGCCCCAGCCCCUGCAUCAUCCCACCCUCGCCCACCUUGGCAGAGAAGGAGUUGCCCUGGAAAGGAGACCAGGCUGAUCUGGCUGUUUACAUCUCCUCGGAGACCACCAAAAUCGUGCCAGUGGAUAUGCAGAAGGCAUGGAACCAAAGCAUCUCCUCCCUGGAGAGCAUCGCUUCCCCCCCGGGCCUGGAGAGUGGACCUCAGCACAGGAGAUUUGCCAGCCCUGUGCUGGAGGAGCAGCCCCAGUCUGCCAGCCAGGUGAUGCUGGAGCAGAGCUCCUGUUUCCAGUUCCCCAGCCACCUCUCCAAGAGCGGCCGCUCGCAGAGUGACAGCAGCCCCGAGGGGGCUGAGCAGCAGGAGCUGCAGCCUUUGAUGGCUUCAGAGGAGCAGGGCAGGAUGGUGCCCCCCACGGAGCCCAGGUGGCUGGUGUUCAACAGAGCAAGCCACCUCUGAGGAUGGCUGCUGGGUGGGGAUGCCCACGGGCUGUGAGCCCCUGUGACCGCGCUGCUCUCUCGCAUUGUAAAGCUUCUCUGUGUCUCCAUAAACUCCAGGAAGGGCAGGAGAAUCUGGAGGAGACUCCUCCCAGAGCUGCAGUCCAAGGUGGGCUUUGCCCAUGCACCUACUGAUGCAAAACUGGUCAAUAAUUAGGCUUUGUGCUGCAAGAGCAGGGACCAGCCUCCAGCCACCCAGGGAGGCACAGACCCGAAACCUCUUCCUUCUUCUCUGGUCCCUACACAUCUUCUCUGUGCUGGAGGGCCAGAGUUGUGUUGAAGGACAUGAAGCUCUUGGAAUGAGUCCAGAGGAAGCCAUGGAGAUGAUCUGAGGGCUGGAGCACCUCUGUUAUGGAGCCAGGCUGAGAGAGUUGGGGUUGUUCAGCCUGGAGAAGAGGAGGCUCCAGGGAGACCUUAGAGCACCUUCCAAUACCUGGAGGAGCUACAGGAAAGCUGGGAAGGGAUGUCUUUCAAGGACAUGGAAUGACAGGACGAAGGGGAAUGGCUUUAAACUGGAAGAGGUCAGACAGAAGGAAGCUCUUUAUUGUGAGGGUACUGAGACUCUGGCCCAGGUUGUCUGGAGAAGAAGCUCCCAUCCCUGGAAGUGUUCAGGGCCAGGUUGCAUGGGGCAACCUGGCCUAGCAAGAGGUGUCCCUGCCCAUGGCAGGGGUUGGGAACGAGAUGAGUUUGAGUUUUAAGAUCUCUUCCAGCCCUAAGCAAUCUGGGAUUCCUCCCAGGGCUGGUCUCCCAGCUGGAUUUGAUCCCAUUGUGGCUGUGCCACCCUUGGGCUACACUUGGGCUGAUGGUCCCAAGUGUAGGAGCACGAGCUGCUCUCUCCAUCCUGGCUGUGAGGAGGGGGCUGGGAGUGGUGGGCAGUGCAGCAGAGCCUGUGCACACCCAGUGCCUGAGCCCUUGGCUCCAUCACAGCUGGAGUUCUGGUCCUUCAUGGCAAGCAUGGAGCUCAGCCUGGAGGCAUGAGGUGGGCUGCUUGCCACAGCAGCUCCAUGUUCUCCGUGUUGCAGAGGUCCCUCGGAUGCAAAGCCUUGACCUUCUCAGGACUGGGAGCAGUGCUCCUGGGGUUUGUCCCGGCUCCAGGAGCCAGACAAGUCCAAGUCAAUCUGUACGCACAGGGACUCCUCCAGCAGCCAACCUGCUGUGCCAGCCCACGCCUCCUCUCUGGAUGGAUUCCCAGGAGCUGCAGCAUUCAGCUUUCUGGCUUUGCCUGGAGGCAGCUGCCCUGCACAGCAUCCUCAGCAUUCCCAGGACCCCUGUCUGGAUCCUGGGACCCCUGGCUGGAUCCUGAUGGGGAUGGAGAACCCCCAUCUGGAUCCCAGGACUCCCAGUUGGAUCCUUAGACCCCUGUCUGGAUCCCAGGACCCCCAGUUGAAUCCCAGGACCCCCGAUUGGAUCCUGGUGGGGCUGGAGAACUCCCAGCUGGAUCCCAGGACCCCUGUCUGGAUCCCAGACCCCCGCUUGGAUCCCAGACCCCCACUUGGAUCCUGGGACCCCCAGCUGGAUCCCGGCAGGGCUGGAGAACCCUGUUGGGUUCACAGAACUCCUGCUUGGAUCCCAGCACCCUCAGCUGGAUGCCCUGCAUUCAUCUCGCCCCUGUCCCAGUCCUUCCAGUUGCCUGGAGCUCGUCAGCUGGGAGGGCUCCUGGUCGUGGUGCAAAGAGCGGAGUGAGCAGCAGGUAUGAAUGUACAACAGGAGCAGGGUGAUGGGUGAAAGCUGAGUUCAUCUUCUAAGAUCCAUCCCCACCACCUGCCUCCCAGCCCUGCCCUGCUCCCUCCUGAGGGGGGGGUGGGAUCCCCAUUCCCGUGGCCCACCCAGUGAAUUAUUCCUGGUGGGACCUCAAGGGCUCCCCAAGAACCACUCUGCACUCCAAAGCUCAGCACAGCAGCUGGGCACCAGCAAUGUAGGAGGGUUGGGGAUGCUCCUCUUGGGAAGGAAUGGGGACAUGGGCUGUUAGUGCCCCAAAGCAGGGAAAUCACUGCCUGUUCCAGCUACCUGGGCGUGCUGAGACAGUCAAGGGGACUGGAUAAGUCCAAUGUGAGGCAAGCAAGCUGGCAGUACCCCCCUGGUACCAGCAGAAGUGGUUCUCUGCACCUGCCCCACCAGAUGAGCAUGAGAUUUUUAAAAGGUUUUUAUAUAAUUCUGCAUUUCUGGUAUGCCUUAUUCUAGUUUUGAUUGCUGAUACUGGGCCAUAAUGAAUCCCUAGCUGGGUCAGUCAGUGUUUUCUGUAGCCAUGGGCACCACAGAUGACUCGAGACUUUUUUUUUUAUUUGCAAGAAGAUUGUUUCCAUGUGAAAAUAUAUGCAGAGUAUUUUGUAAUGUUCAAUAAA